GGAAAGAGGGAGGGGAGGGGAGAGGAAAAGAAGGGGCAGGAGAGAGAGAUGGGGAGGUUGGGAAAGGGAGGCGGAAAGCAUGGAAAAGGGGCGCGGGGAAACCGGGGGAGCGCAGAGGGGCACAGCCCUCAAUCGCCCUGCCUGGGCGGGAGCGGCUCCGCCCCUCGGGCGCCGGGAAGGCCGGGGACGGCGGGGCCCGGAAGGUGACUGGAAGGAGCCAGGCUCGGGUCAUGGCGGCGCCGGGCGCGUUGCUGGUGAUGGGCGUGAGCGGCUCGGGGAACUGGGAUGGAAAUUCUAUGAUGCUGAUGACUAUCACCCGGAGGAAAAUCGAAAGAAGAUGGGAAAAGGGAUACCGCUCGAUGACCAGGACCGGAUUCCAUGGCUCUGUAACUUGCACGACAUUUUACUAAGAGAUGUAGCCUCGGGACAGCAUGUGGUUCUAGCCUGUUCAGCCCUGAAGAAAAUGUACAGAGACAUAUUAACACAAGGAAAAGAUGGUGCAGCUCUGAAGUGCGAGGAGUCGGAAAAGGAAGCAAAGCGGGCUGAGAUGCAGCUCCUGGUGGUCCAUCUGAGUGGGUCGUUUGAGGUCAUCUCUGGACGCUUACUCAAAAGAAAGGGACAUUUUAUGCCCCCUGAAUUACUGCAGUCCCAGUUCGAGACUCUAGAGCCCCCAGCAGCUCCAGAAAACUUUAUCCAAAUAAGUGUGGACAAAAAUGUUUCAGAGAUAAUUGCUAAAAUUAUGGAAACUCUAAAAAUGAAGUGAGAAUCAUUUUGUAUCAGUGGUCCACACAAAAUUAAGCAUAAAUAUUUGUGCCAUCCCAAACCUCGUUCCAGCCACCUUGCCCAUACUAGAUUCUAAAUUUUUCUAAAGGCAAACAAACCCCAAUGUAUCAAGACAGACUUGUUUGGGUGUAAUUUUAGGGAUUAUGCUGGUUCAUCGGGAAGCAGAAGGGGAGUUUUAAAAGUCAAGCUUAAAUUGAAGUUUAAAUUCAUCAAAUGAUCAGAGGAAAUUCUGUAAUCGAUGCUGGAAAUUGUUACAUUGUUUAGAACAUUCUUGCUCAUGCCCGUAUGUGCACAAAUAAAUGAAACUUGGCUGUCCUUGA